AUGCCAAAACGAUACCUCAAUGUUGAAUACGACACUAUUUCUACUGAAAUCGAUGUGACUGACUUUGAAGACCUGAGUGACGUUCAGGAUGCUAUCAAGUCUGAAUGGUUCUUGUGUUGUCAUUGGUGUUUACCAUCACCUUCAAGACAGCCUACUCAAACUGACCUUUUUGCCGCAGGUUCUACUUUAACAGCAGGAUACAAGAAAAGAAGAACAAGUGAAUGGGAGAAACUAUCAACACUUGCUCAACUUUCAUACGACCCAAAUUCAACCAUUUUCAAACUUGACACAAAUUACUUGGCCAAGACUGGUCUAUCUACUCAAAAACUCAUUCUUUAUUGCCGUCCAACUUUUCAUGAGCAAUUCAGUUUUUUACGGGAAAAAGUCAUUGAUAAUGGGGUUCUUGGUUGGAUUCUAGGACCACCAGGAACUGGCAAGUCGACUACUGCUCUGGCAUUUGCCUCAACUCUGGACAAAAAUGACUGGGUUGUUACUUGGAUUCAUUUGUACAUAGAUUGUUAUCCAGUAUGUGUUCGUUUGGAGGGCAAUUCAAAGAAAUCCCAGGAAAUCUACGACAGCAAUAUCGACAAACUUUUUGAUAUUUUGCAUAAAGUAGAUGAAUCAAAACAACACAUUGUGUUUAUUGAUGGAUACACUUCAAAUGGACAAAAACACAUUGAUGUACAGCAAGCUUGCUAUUCAUGGCUCGAAGAAGACCGAGAAAAAAGAAGAUUGGUUGUCGUUUGUUCAAUGUCCUCACGUUACAAAGCAAAGUUGGAGGAAGAUAUGCUGUUGAAUCUCAAACAACUCAACGUCUAUUCUUGGAAGGAAGAAGAUCAAUUUGCCGGGGUUAUGUUGGCCAUCAAGAAAGGACCAGACCUGAUUCGUAAAUUGGCCAAAGCUACUCGGCAUGAUGGAAAUCCUUCUAUGGAUGGUUGGAUGUUGGAAAUGUGGUUCUUUGCCAGUCUUUAUUACGACGGAGUAAAAUUGUUUGACGAAAACGAUAACGAAUUUCAAACUUGGCCAGCAUCCAACUUUAAAACUCUGGAUAUCAAUGCUUUUCCUGCUCUACCAGAAAAUAAUGGUGUUUGGUUUAAGCCAAACAAAUGGAACCAAGGAGGAUUUGAUGCUAUUUUUUUGGAUAAAGGAAAAGGGUUGGUUAGAUUCGUUCAAGUAACUGAUGGCGACACACAUUCAUUCAAAAUCAAGUAUUUCCACAGUUUUUUGCUGAUGCUAUGCCAAUCGCCUCAAUCGUUUGAGAUUACAUGCUUGGAAAUUAUCUUUGUUGCUGACCAAAAGAAACGCUCAACUUUCAAGGUAGCCGAACCAUCGGUACCAGGCAUGUUAACAGAUUUUGGUUGGAGACUCGGUGAAGAGUUGGAUAAAGUCAAAGUUGUUUUCAUAAAGGGAUGGUGCGAUUAA